GUAUAUUUUCUUAUCUGAACUGAUGCACAAUUUACGGUGGAGUGCCUGGAAAGAGGUCGUUUCUGAAAUCGACAAGGUCGCGACAGCUUUCGCCAACAUCCGAUACCUUUGGCGUCGACGUGACUUGAGGCUGUCUGAAAAGAAUAGAUUUUUGCACUGCAUCGGUGCAAUCCAUAAUGCUUUUGUGGUAUGCAUGCUGUGGAAGCACCAAGGGACAGUGAUUCUCCGAAGGCAGGAUUUCCCGAAAAUCACUGUGGAUGGAAAGCAGAAAAAACGCUCACGAAAAAAGCCCAGAACGAAGUGUAACUGUUUUGACGCACCAACGAACCAACUUAUUGCGUCAAAUGUGAUGCCAAAUUCUGACUGCAUCCUACACCUAGUCACUGUUGGCUUCCAUCAUAGGCAUGGUGCCGUCGUUGAACUUGCUUAUCCACCAUUGGCCCGUGGAUCCGAUGAUCACCUGACAGAGGGGCCACCGCAUUCCUUGCCUGAUAAAUGGAGGCAUUUAGCUUCUUUGGCCCUUCCAGAUGGGGCACACAAUUACCUGAAAGGUAUAUCACGAAAAUUUACCCUGGCCAAUUUCCACAGAUGCUGUCUACUUUACCCUACCUUCAUUGGAAAAGGAGGAAAUAGUCGUAUUUGGCGUUGCCUCGUAUCGUCAAAUGGACUCGCAUGUGUACGCGAAUCGCGCACACCUCGCUUAGCCAUUGAGAAGCUAGUUGACCCACAAACCAAACGAAACUAUCAGAAACAGCUCCUCGAAUGCCUGCCGGACGGUACGGUGUCGGAUAUAAACGGCCACUGGGAAAAAAUAUCCAACGCGUUACUCAAAGCAGGAGCGUCUGCUUGCGGUACAACCCAGCCAACCUCAUCCAAGCAUUCAAUCUCUGAUAGAACCGUGUCUUUUCUGGAGGCCCGGCGACAGAUCCCACCUGGUCGCCACCACAACUCCACCCGGCGCAUCAUCCGACACCAGGUGAAACUGAGUGUCCGCGCAGACCGAGAAGCUUGGUGGACCCGAAAGGUCGAAGAAAUGGAAGAUGCGAAGAAUGCUGGAAACGUGCGCAAAUUGUUCCACUUGAUUCGUUCGACUGGUCCUCGGAAACUUGUUGUCAGUGAAGCAAUCAGGGACGAAAAUGGCUCCCUGAAAUGCAGUAAAGCAGAACGUUUGUAUCGCUGGGCACAGUACUUCGAACAACAAUUCAGCUGGCCACCUGCUAACCCCAAUCCAGAAACCCGGCCUUCAACAGAAAGGUGGACCGCUUUCGCACAACAAACACCGGAUGUGACCAGGAACACCGUUCAGAAGUCAUUGAUUGCUCUGAUGCGAUUCCCGGUCUUUAGCUACAUGGCGCAUCAUUUAUCGCAGCUCAUAGAACAAUUCUUUACCGAAGGUGGUUUCACACUGGAGCGACUCAAAGAUGCCUACGCUGAGCUGGAUGAAAAACUCAGCGCAGUUUUGGCCCAUCCAUCGACUUACCAAGGUGCUCUGAUUUUCGAUUUGAGUGCGGCCAAUUUCGUUCGAGUGUACGGACGAGAUGCGUUGACGUUGUUUAAACUUCUGCUGUUAGAACGUCGUGUCCUGUUCGCUGGUGAAUCGGCCGGUUCGAUCAGCGUUUGGAUUGCGACGCUUUUGAGCCUUCUGCCUGCUUAUCCUCUCACUCCAGAAAUCUCCGUUUUCUAUUCUGAAGAUCUAUUGGUCAGAGGACUUUCACACUGCUGCCUUGUGGAUCCCUCCUGGAUAUCCGAGCGUGCAUGUUGGCCGGUACUGUGUGGCCCAUCCACAACAAGCUCCAAACCGAAGCCCGAUGAAACUACAACUCAGCAACACAACAAUGCCUGCUCGGACGACACUUCAGUGCAGUUUGCUGACAGUACUUCCAACUUAUUUCAGCUUCCGGUUGACGAAUUGCCGUCUGGCUCAACCGCAGACCAUGGAUUCGACCCUACCUCAGAACCUUCAUUGGCUAUCUCGGAGAAGGUAACUUCGUCUGUGAGCUUGGCUUCGUUAGGUGCGCCCUCGCCUCAUUCCUCUGAGUUGCAGUCUACUGAUCUCAUGCCACCACAGUUAGACGAAUCAAUUUACGUCCCUUCUCCAGAGACUCCCCUAGUUGGCGAUGAUUCUCUAUUUUCUCCGUUCCCUACAGACGAUUGGGGAUUUCCUUUAGCCCUAUUUACUAAAUGUGGGUGUGAAUUUUACCCAAGCUUCGUUAAUGAACCUUCGAAUGACUACCCUCUUAUUCUUCUCUCUGUACAGUCAUACGUGCUCCCCAUGUUCCUCCCCCUCAUCUCUCUCGAUCUCCUGCUUGAGUCGACUAGUGGACCGAAUCUAUUUCCACCGACGGACUCCCUCGAUCGUCCAGCGUCCGUUAGCGACCGUUGUGUUCGAGCCUUUUUGGCUGGUGCGACGAACCCGUUAUUGCGCACUCACAAGCACUUGGCUGAAGUUAUUGUGACCAGCCUAUCACCCGUAGAUGGCCUCACCGAUUCGGACGGGUGUCAUUCUCACGGAUCACUUACAAGUUUGUUCGAUGGAAGUACGCUACCCAAGAAGAUUCAAACGGCUCAAGCGAACGUCCCUCCUGAGGGUUUAUUACCAUCACUAUCUGGUAGCGCCACACGACAGUCUUCAAACCCAAGCAGAUCUUCUAACGCGCCGAAAAAAUCUGACCCAGUGAUCCACUUCCUGCCAUCGAGUUCAACAACUGGCCUCAAUCCCCGUACUUUCCCGGUCUCACUCGCACAGGCGCUGCAGCUCACACGGGUGGAUCGUGCCUUCAUCGAUGAACUCAACAAAACGGUGGUUUUAUGGUAUCAAGGCCGGUCAGCUGUACAGCAACUGUGUCAACUGGCUCCGUCUGAUGACCUUACUGUGUUGCUCCAAGGCGAUGAGAAGACGCUAGAUCGGACAUUGGAUCGCCUGCUUCCUGAACAGAGAACCGUUCUUCUCCGUUUUCCCUCGUCUGCAAUCCUGGACUUGUAUGUCAGACAGCAAUUUCAGUCCUACUUGCGGUCUUUACUGCUGAAUGCAGAGGGAUAUGGUUCAAACAGCAGUGAUUAUGGUACACACUACGUGAACUGCCUCCGAUCGACCCGAUCCUUUCUCGUAUGGCGUCGACAAUUCAUGCCGGAAAAACUGUUCAGAGUCUCCAAACCCCAACCGAUAGCCCCAAUCCUGGAAACAACGUCAGAUGAUGCAGCGAUACAGAAAACUGAAGAUAAUGAAACCCUCACUGAUUCUUCUACAGUUAGACUACUUCCCUUAGUCGGAUUAGAGCCGCCAUCACCAUUUUCCUCCGCCGCCGAAGUGUUGGCUGUCCAUCCAGGUCGAAGACAUGCGGAACCAGACGAUUGGGACCAACUAGUUGGCGGGUUUAAAAAGUUUCGUGAGUUAGCUGCGGAUCGUGGGCGACGCCUGAUGUCUCAGGGCGUCCAGGGCUUGUCGAAGCUCAGUACCGAUUUGAAUGCAUCCUUCCGGUUCGAUAUACCCUCACGGGUUUCGGACGUGUUCCGAUCACUUCUGAACAGUGCUUCUCAAGCUGUAAGCCGCUGACGGAAGCCGCAAGCUGAACGGUCAUUAUCUACAGUGUCCCAUGGCAUCUCCAGUAUGUGAUAUCCACACCAAAAUUACCCCCUCGCCUUAUUUUUUCCAUUGUUCCAGUUUCAAUUCGCCCGCCGCCGAAAUGUUUGGUCUCUGUUCCCACGUUUGAACGUAUUUUUACCUGUUGUUAACACACUUCUUGACCCGUCUUAUUUCACAUCACACAGAUGUAUGUGUCUUGCGAAUCGUAGAAAAUGUUUCCUCGUGAAUUCCACCAGGCACCAGUUCCUUUCCUUCAUCUUACCGUGUUCGUGAACCCAAGCCUACUGCAAAAUGGACGGCUUUUAUACAAGUACCUUCAUGUAGUUUUGACUAAUGUGUUUCCUGGCUCCGCUCACUGAUAUUUUCGAUAGUCGUCAUCUACAUUGUCGAUAGUAUUGCUGCUGUGUUGUUCGUCAAAUUAUUGAUUUCGAAGCUGGACAGUUUCUCUCAAGCAAAUUUCG